GUUAGACAGACUCAGGAAUUUUCACUUUGCCUGAAAAUUUCCAUUGUAAAAUCUUUAAUUUCCUUUAUGUAGUGUCCCAAGGUCAAUUAUAAGCCAUUAUCUUUGUGUCUCCUCAUUGUUUUUAUUUGGCUCUGAAAUUCACAUUUUUUUGGUCAGAUUUUGGUCCAUUUUUAGGCCACCAAGGCACCGACCAAAUUUCAUUUCAACAUUUUUUUUUUCACUUAUUCUUGGAGGGAGCCAAAGUUAUGGAACCAAGGGAGGUAUUGACUCAAUGCAAUGCCAACGGCUCAUCAUCACCAGGGUUUUGCACAAGUGACCCAUUGAACUGGGGUGCGUCAGCUGAGUCCUUAAAGGGUAGUCAUCUUGACGACGUUAAGCGUAUGGUUGAUGAGUACCGGAAACCGGUGGUACAACUCGGGGGAAAAACCUUAACCGUAGCUCAAGUGACAGCUAUUGCGAACGGUGAUGCCGGUGUUAAGGUCAAGCUUUCGGAAGCAGCCCGGCCGUCUGUUAAGGCAAGCAGUGAUUGGGUCAUGGAAGGGAUGAAUAAAGGUACAGAUAGUUAUGGGGUCACCACUGGCUUCGGUGCAACCUCUCAUAGGAGGACCAAACAAGGAGCUGCCCUCCAAAUGGAGCUUAUAAGGUUCUUGAAUGCAGGAAUUUUCGGCCAAGGUACUGAGUCGUGCCAUACGUUGCCUCACACCGCGACGAGGGCAGCUAUGCUUGUGAGGAUCAACACUCUUCUGCAAGGAUAUUCGGGGAUUAGAUUUGAGAUCCUGGAAGCCAUUACUAAGCUCCUUAAUGUGAACAUCACACCCUGUGUGCCACUCAGGGGAUCAAUUUCUGCAUCUGGUGAUCUGGUGCCACUUUCCUACAUUGCUGGGCUUUUGACUGGCAGGCCGAAUUCUAAAGCUGUUGGACCUAAUGGUGAGGCCUUGAAUCCCACAGAAGCCUUUAGCCGAGCUGGGAUCAAUGGUGGAUUUUUUGAGUUGCAACCCAAAGAGGGUCUUGCUCUAGUAAAUGGCACAGCUGUUGGGUCUGGCUUAGCUUCCUUGGUCCUUUUUGAGGCCAAUGUAUUAGUAGUCCUCUCAGAAGUUUUAUCAGCAAUUUUUGCUGAAGUUAUGCAAGGCAAACCUGAAUUUACUGACCACUUGACCCACAAGCUGAAGCAUCAUCCAGGGCAAAUUGAAGCUGCAGCAAUUAUGGAACACAUUUUGGAUGGUAGCUUUUACAUAAAAGCAGCACAAAAAUUGCACGAAAUGGAUCCUCUUCAGAAGCCAAAACAGGACAGAUAUGCUCUUAGAACUUCCCCUCAAUGGCUUGGCCCUCAGAUUGAAGUGAUCAGGUCAGCAACCAAAAUGAUUGAAAGAGAAAUCAAUUCUGUGAAUGACAAUCCUUUGAUUGAUGUAUCAAGAGAUAAGGCUUUACACGGAGGGAAUUUCCAAGGUACCCCAAUUGGUGUCUCAAUGGACAACACUCGUCUAGCCAUUGCUGCAAUUGGCAAACUCAUGUUUGCUCAAUUUUCUGAGCUUGUUAAUGACUACUACAACAAUGGUUUGCCUUCAAAUCUGUCUGCAAGCCGCAAUCCAAGCCUGGAUUAUGGUUUCAAGGGAGCAGAAAUUGCAAUGGCUUCUUACUGCUCAGAGCUUCAAUACCUUGGCAACCCUGUCACCAAUCAUGUCCAAAGUGCUGAGCAACACAACCAAGAUGUGAACUCUUUAGGCUUGAUAUCAGCAAGAAAAACAGCUGAAGCUGUCGACAUAUUGAAGCUCAUGUCUUCAACUUUCUUGAUUGCCCUAUGCCAAGCCAUUGACCUGAGGCAUUUGGAAGAGAAUUUGAAGAAUACUGUGAAGAACACAGUUUGUCAAGUGACUAAGAGAGUCCUAACCAUGGGAUGCAAUGGUGAACUUCAUCCAUCAAGAUUCUGUGAAAAAGACCUGCUCAGAGUUGUCGAUCGCGAAUAUCUCUAUGCCUACAUUGAUGAUCCUUGCAGUGCAACUUACCCAUUAAUACAGAAACUGAGACAAGUACUAGUAGACCAUGCCUUGAUGAAUGGUGACAAAGAAAAGAAUUCAACCACUUCAAUUUUCCAAAAGAUUGGAGCCUUUGAAGAAGAACUAAAAACCCUUUUGCCUAAAGAAGUUGAAAGUGCUAGAAUCGAAUUUGAAAAUGGAAAUCCAGCUAUUCCAAACAAGAUCAAAGAAUGCAGGUCCUAUCCAUUGUACAAGUUUGUGAGAGAAGUUCUCGGUACUAAUUUGUUAACAGGUGAGAAGGUGAUUUCUCCAGGAGAAGAAUGUGACAAGGUUUUCUCAGCAAUGUGUGCAGGGAAGUUGAUUGAUCCUUUGCUGGAUUGCUUGAAGGAGUGGGAUGGUGCUCCUUUGCCUAUAUGCUAAUAAGGUGUUUGCCAUAUUUCAAACAAAUGCCACGCCGUGUUAUAAGUUUUCUUAUUUGUGCUCAUAAGAGAUGUCAACCUGUUUCAUAUGAAAAUUGUCAGAAACAAAAACUGUGAGUUUUAAGUUAAUUUUUUUUUUAAAUGUUUCUUUUGUAUCAAGAACUUCAUUACACCAAAAUGUAACGUAAAUAAGAAGUGCUUUUACACGUUCAUUAAAUUACCCUCUCUUGCUCAAAUCUUCCCCCUCUCUAAUUUGUUUUUUUUUUUUUUUUUAAUAAUUCGAUAAGAAGUAUCCCAAACUUUUUUUUUGCCCAUGGGACUUGAAGGAUGGGAAGGGGUCAACUUGGUUCGAACUCAAGCUUUCAUGUCUAUUUUAUCUUUCUUGUUGCCAUUA